AUGGGACCUUCGAAGGCCUAUGAGGCACCUCCAUGGUCAAAUUCGGAACCAGCAUGUUAUGUAUCUAGUAGCGAUUUUAACCCGCUUCAUCGGGAUGAAUUGGAAGAUGAAUCUAGUUGUAUAUUGGCUGCAGAUGAGACACGCGUGAAAUUGCCCGAUAAAGCUGCCGAUACAUCGUACAAUGUAUUGGGCGAUGCAUCGUGGGAUAUAUCGAUCGAUUCAUCUGCUUGA